CUCUGGUCACUACGUCCUAUAUACAUGAACCAAAUUGAUUUAAAAGAUUUGAGUUUAGUGUGUGGUUCCCUUUUCAUCUUAUCCCUACCUAAAAUGAGAAUGAGCAAAGUACACCCAUCCACCUCUAACUUUAAGAAUAUAAUUACAAAUGGUUUUGUGUUAGUACAUUUCCCCUGUUACUACCUAAAAAAACUCGGUGGUUUCGAAGCAUGACUAAUGAAGACAAUAGAUUAUCAGAAGCCCCUCCAUUCUGGUCAGAGCUAAGGCUUCCGAGCUUACUCUCUGUUGAUAAAGUUCAGAAACUUCAUGCAGCAAUUGAGACUGAUUGGAAUCCCCUACAGCGUACAGCAUGCCAAACUGCAGCUGGGAGAGCCCUGUGGAAGCAUGUGACUAAUGACAUGCUAGCAGAAUUACUUGCAGGAGAGACUCAACUCACUAGUUUUUACCAGAAGAUACAAAAAGAUUGCCUCAAACAAGCCCGUGAAGUUUCUGGCGUCAUACUUGCAGUUCGAACCCUCUGGUUUGAUUCAAAACUUGAAGCUGCAGUUACUUUCCUCAAUGAUAAGGAAAUGUUGCAAGUUGUUCUUCUUGGUGCAGGUAUGGACACUAGAGCAUAUCGGUUAGAAUGCUUGACAAAUAGUCAUGUCUUUGAAGUAGAUUUUCCUCAAGUCCUACAAGUGAAAGCAUCUCUUCUACAGGAAGCCACAGUACCCAGAGAUAACCAGCAAGAAAUAGAAAUGAAAGCUAAGAUGCUAACCAGAGUCGAAGCUGACAUCACAGGUCAGGAUUGGCUGGAAAAGCUUCAGAAUUCUGGAUUUGUGCCUGAGAAGAAUACUGUGUGGAUUCUUGAAGGGCUUCUCUACUACCUAUCCAAUUGCGAUGCCAUCCACGUGCUAAGGACCAUAGCUUCCCAAAGUACCCUUACUACAACUGUGGUACUGGCAGAUUUCAUGAACAAACAAUCAACCAUGCUUUCAAAGUCCACUUUUCAAUUUUACUGUGAUUGGCCAGAUGAACUCCUACCUUCUCUAGGAUUUUCAGAUGUAAAGCUAUCACAAAUUGGUGAUCCAGACGCACAUUUUGGGCUCCUGAAUGAUCCGUUGAAUAUGUUUGACAAACUCCGCACCAUACCAAGGUCAAUCGAAAUAGACCCAGAGGAUGGAACACCAUGCUGUCGCCUGUAUCUUGUACAAGCUUCUGGAUUUCCGAUUUGAACAACCAAUUGAUCUCCUUAUUGUAAAUCAAUAUACAAACAGAUGAGUUUCUAUGUCAUUCAUAUACCAAGUACCAAACUGGUGACCGAAGUCUACAUGGAUAAGUUUUUGAAUUUGAUCAUUUACAACCUAA